AUGUCAGGUACAGAUGGCUAUGCGGUGUCCCGGACAAAUGCUGUUGAUGAAUUAUACCACCCGCCGGUGGCUGAACGGUUUCAGCAAAUGUUGUUUCAGCAGCAGCAGUUCAUGCAGAUGGCGGCGGCGGCAAAUGUUACUAACUUGGACCGUUUGACGGAAACUUUAACUAUAGUAAUUCCUUCACAGAAUUCAUCUGAGGUGAAUGCAAGCAGAUCGGAAAUGCAGGAAGUUGACUCAGUUCCUUUCUAUUACUUCGAGGAUUUUUGCGAAUCUCUUACAGUGUGGAGUCUGUGUGGAGUCGGGGUACCAUUUUUGUUAAAUGGACAAGAUCUAGUCACUCAGUAUUAUGUUCCGUAUUUGUCAGGCAUACAGUUGUAUGUAGACUCAUCGAAGCCUCUUUCAGAUCUUAGGAAACCAGGUGAGGAGAAAGCUGAAAUUUCUAGUUCACCUGGACGUCUCGUUUUGGACUAUAUGGAACAGGAAAAACCGUGGCUGCGCAAGCCGUUAAGUGAGCAGCUUGAAGCUCUGGCAUCCCAAUUUGAUCUGAAGCAGUGCAGGAGCUGUGAUCUCCUUCCUACUAGUUGGAUUUCUAUUGCCUGGUAUCCAAUUUAUAGAAUACCAGUCGGCCCAGUACUAGGGGAUCUGGAGGCAUCUUUUUUGACCUUCCAUUCCUUGUCAACACGAGUCGUGAAUGCUAGCAAGGACCGCGGCAUUGUUGAUUCUUCUUCGAAGAUCUCCUUGCCAGUCUUUGGCCUCGCUUCGUUCAAGUUAAGAGGUUCAAUUUUGAGUCCUCGGGAACCGCAUGAAUGCAAACAAGAAGGUUCUCUUUGGCAAGCUGCUGAAUCUUGGCUUCAGCAUUUGCGCGUUGGUCUCCCCGACUUCCAGUUUUACCGUGCUCGCUACCCUCGACAGAGAUGA